AUGGAAAAUAAAGGAAAUCCGGCACUUGUUAAGUCGUACUUCUCACCACUAUUUGCUGGAGCCAUCGCAGGUUUAUCAGUAGACGUAGCUCUGUACCCGCUGGACACACUUAAGACUCGACUGCAGAGUCAGCAUGGAUUCUAUAAAUCUGGUGGAUUUUCUGGAGUUUAUAGAGGUCUUCUAACAGUGGCGUCGACGUCCAUGCCGACGACAUCCCUGUUUUUCGUGUCGUAUGAGACGACUAAGAGUGUGUUCCUACCGAUGGUGCAGCCACAGUAUGCUCCGCUGGUUCAUAUGUUUGCUGCUAGUAUCGGAGAAGUGUUAGCCUGUAUCAUCCGGGUACCGACGGAAAUAGCGAAACAGAGGAAGCAAACAUACACUGGCUCUGAAAAACGAAGCAGCGUCCGGAUUCUAGUGCAUGCUUUUCAAACUGAAGGUCUCCGUAAAGGCGUGUACCGUGGCUUCUUAUCCACGGUGGUGAGGGAUCUGCCGUUUAGUUUCAUCGAGCUGCCUCUUUGGGAGAUGUUCAAAACUGUGUUUAGAGAGAGAAACAAUGGAGAGAUUACCAGUUUUCAGAGUGCCUUAUGUGGCUCAGUAGCCGGUGGCCUGGCCGCUGCAGUGACAACGCCCCUAGAUCUCGCCAAAACUAGAAUAAUGCUCGCUGAAGACUAUGCGAUAACUAGAAAAGUCCGGGUCAAACCGGUUCUAUCCGAUAUUUACGUGCAAGCCGGUCUGAGAGGCCUCUUCGCUGGAGUAUUGCCAAGAAUGACAGCGUUCAUGUUAGGUGGUUUCGUGUUCUUUGGAUUUUACGAUCAUUCUAAGAGUUUAUUCGAGAAAUACUUUGAUAGAUAACUUAGUUGAUUAAAUGGUUGGAGUUUUUGUGAUUAAUUUGCGUGGAUGUUAUUUUAAGUUUGGUUUUUACAGAGGUUUUUAGGUAACCCUAUUAUUUUAAAACAGUAUGUGCACUUAGUAUAUUGUAUUUUUAUGAAACCAAGACAUUUCAAUUAAGUUUGUAAAGAAGACAGAAUCUAAAGAAUGAUUUGUUGAUAAGGUUCCUCUGGGUUGAAGUGUUUCAUAACAUUGACUAUAUUGCUUAUAUUAGAUUUUUAUAUAUUUUGACUAUGUUGAAGAGUUUUUCAUAUACUUUAAAUCGUAAUGUGCGUUUGAAUAAUCAGAGAUUGUGUUAUUUAUUACUUUAAAUGAGUGAUGGUUUUUUUUUUGUUUUUGUUGGCUAAGUUAAUAAUUGAGUGUAAAAAAAAGUUGAUAAUGUCAAAAGACGAAUGUUUUAAAUAAAUGUUAGAAAUA